AGAGAUCCAUCCAUCGGCCACUCCAACCCGCGUAUUCCGUUCCGCCUAUAAAAUCCUACGCCUACUUCUCCUGCAAAGCCCUCGCUCGCUGGCUAGGGUUUCUCACCAGCGUAGAUUGGGCAGAGGCGAGGGCGGAGGCGCGACUUCGGCCGCCAUGAGCGACAAGAAGGACGUCCCCGAUCUCUCUGAUCUCACUUCCGCCCUCCCCUCCGCUGCUCUGAGCGCGGAGGAUAGAGCGGGCCUUGUUAGCGCUCUCAAGAACAAGCUUCAGAGCCUGGCGGGGCAGCAUUCGGAUGUGCUGGAGACGCUGACACCCAAGGUCCGGAAGCGCGUCGAGUUCCUGAGAGAGCUCCAGAGUCAACAUGAUGAGCUAGAGGCGAAAUUCUUUGAGGAAAGAGCAGCACUUGAAGCCAAAUAUCAGAAGCUCUAUGAACCAUUAUACACUAAGCGUAAUGAGAUCGUGAAUGGUGUGGUUGAAGUUGAAGGUGUUACAAAUGAAGCUGCAGAAGGAGCCUCUGCAGUGGAUAAAGCCAGUGAAGAAAAAGGUGUGCCUGAUUUCUGGCUUACUGCAAUGAAAACUAAUGAAGUGCUGGCUGAGGAGAUCACAGAGCGUGAUGAAGGAGCACUGAAGUACCUCAAAGAAAUCAAAUGGUGCAGAAUUGAUAAUCCAAAGGGUUUCAAGCUCGAAUUUUUCUUUGAUACCAAUCCUUAUUUUAAGAACUCUGUCUUGACAAAAACCUACCACAUGAUCGAUGAGGAUGACCCAGUUCUAGAGAAAGCAAUAGGGACUGAAAUUGAAUGGUAUCCAGGGAAGUGCUUGACUCGGAAGGUUUUGAAAAAGAAACCUAGAAAGGGAUCAAAGAACACCAAGCCCAUAACUAAAACAGAAGACUGCGAUAGCUUUUUUAACUUUUUUACUCCACCUCAAAUCCCCGAUGAUGAUGAUGAGAUAGAUGAAGAUACUGCUGAACAGCUACAGAAUCAAAUGGAGCAGGAUUAUGAUAUUGGAUCUACUAUAAAGGACAAAAUUAUUCCACAUGCAGUUUCAUGGUUUACGGGAGAGGCUGUUCAGGCGGAUGAUUUUGAAGGCAUAGAAGAGGAGGAUGAUGAGGAAGAAGAUGGAGAGGAUGAUGAAGAUGAAGAGGAUGAUGAAGAUGAAGAGGAUGAGGAUGAGGAUGAAGAUGAGGAUAGGGAAGAGGAAGACAAGGUCAGAAAAAAGAGGAGUGGGGCUCUUGCUGGGGGAGGUCAGCAGGUGGAACGUCCAGCCGAGUGCAAGCAGCAGUAGUAUGUUUUAAAAAUGAAGGGACUGUAAUGUGAGACUUUGUUUGAGUGUUAGUGUUUGAGGAUCUGUUUGAGAUUGUGACCAAGCAGAGCUCUUCUGUUCUGAUUCCCUAUUGUCGCUUUAUUGGAAAUCUAGAGGAAUUGGAAUAGGGCCUAGAAAUUUAAUGUCUAUCGUAUAUCUAUAUCAUAUCAUUGGUUCUUUUCAUUA